GUUUGUCAUAGAAUUACAGAACCGUUUGUGUUGGAACGGACCCCCAAAGGCCAUGCAGUCCAAACCCCUGCGGUGCACAGGGACACCCGCAGCUCCAGCAGUGCUCGCAGCCCAUCCGGUCUGAGCUCGGCUGCCUGCGGGGACGGGGCACCGCCGCCUCUCUGUGCCUCACCGCCCUUAGCGCUUUGCUGUGAGCGGGGAGGGGGCAUCGCGGGAUGGAAGUGAAAGCAGCGCAGGGCUCCCACGGAGCUGCGGGGAGAUGAAACUCAGCGAGUUUCUCUCGGUGCGACGCACACGCGGGGUGCCAAACUGCGCGCAAAGCGCCCCGAGGCGCGCACGUCGUGCAGCCCUCGGCGGAGGCACGCGAAGCAGAAGUGCUCGCCCGCCGCUUCCCAUGGCACAGCGGCCCCGUCCCACUCAGGAAGCGGCCGGGACGGAGAGCCUCGCAGCACGGGCGGUGCCGCCUGCCUGCUGCGCCGAGCGGGCGGGAGGUGCCGCUAAAGCAAAGCGGGGCAGGACGGAGCUGAAAAGUGCCGGCGGGGUUGGGAGGCACCUGCGGUGCCGCUGCGCUGAGCUGGAGGCAGGGGAGCAGCGGGCGCGGAGCUUUUGGCACCGCUGUCGGCUCUUGGCAGCGGCUGGAGGAAGCACCGCGGGGCACGGAGCGCUGUGCCGGAGCUGCCCGGCUGCUCGCCAUGCGUGGGGCCGCUCUGCUGCUCCUGGCGCUGGGGCUGCAGCAGGCCGAGGGCCGGUGUGUCUUCAACCGCACGCAGGAGUACUGCCUGUGCUACAGGCUGACCGAGCAGAGCGCCGGGAGCGUCAUCCAGUGCCUCGCCGCCUCCGCCGUGGAGUUUCAGGGUGGAGACCUGGAGAAAUACGCUGACUUCCCCAUCAAGGACCUGGACGACUCCACCAUUGACAUGCUCGGCAGCCUGGAAAUCAGGAAGAUCAUUUUUUCGGACCUUCUGGUUCCUGAGGUCCUCCUGGCCCGCGUCCUGCGGUUCUUCUCCUACACUCAGGUGCAGGAGAUGGUGUUUGACAGCUGCAGCUUCGUGGGGAGGAGCAGCUGGGCGGACAUGGCGGGCCGGGCCUUGCCUAUCACGUCCCUGCGCUUCCACAACGUGACAGCUGCCGAGCUGGCGGGCCGCAAGCAGGACCUGUCCCCGCUCAGCCGCUGGCUGGGAGCCCUGCAGGAGCUGUCGGUCACCGCCUCGCACCUGGCCACGCUGCCCUGUGCCGUGGGCCGGGCGCUGCGGGCCCUGCGCUCGCUGGACCUGGCACAUAACAGCCUGCGGGACGACAGCCUGGCACCCGCCUUCUGCCGGGGGGCCUUCACACAGCUGCGGGUGCUGAGCCUGCGGCACAACAACCUGACGUCGUACCGCGCCGUGUGCGGCGGCGUGCGGCUGCUGGGCGAGCUGCGGCACCUGGAUCUCAGCCACAACGCGCUCACCGCCGGCACGCCUUCGUCCUCCUGCCGGUGGCCGGAGACCCUCCGCGUCUUUAACUUGUCCAACGCCGGCUUGGACGAAGUGCUCACACCUCUGCCCCCCGGUCUGGAGGUGCUGGACCUGAGCUCCAACCGCCUCCACACUGUGGACGUCUCCCUGCGCUCCCUGCAGGCGCUCCUCCUCGGCCGCAACGCCCUGCCGGCCGCGCCGUCCAUCCGGGGCUGCCCCGCACUGCGCACCCUGCACCUGGACAACAACCUGAUCGCAGAGCUGCCGCGGGACGAGGUGCCGCUGCUGGAGCGCCUGCAAGACGUGGCCGCGGCCGGGAACCCCUUCAACUGCACCUGCACCGGGGCCGCGGUCUUGCAGGCGCUGGCGGCCGCGGGGCGCCUGGGGCAGGGCUGGCCGCAGGGCUACGUGUGCCACGCGCCUGCCCGCUACCGGGGCGUGCUGCUGCGGGACGUGCCCGCCUCCGUGCUGCACUGCAGCCCCGCCGCCGUGCUGGCUCCCGUCUGCGCCGGCCUGGCGCUGCUCUGCGUGGCCGUGGCUGGCGGGCUGCUGUGGGUGCGCAGGGCACGGCCCAGCUGGGUGUGUGGCCUGGGACGACGGGAGGAUGCUUGCAGUAGUGCAGAGCGCUUGUAGGGUUCUCCCGGUGUCCCACACCGCAGUUCCCUGCGGAACAGGACUGUCCUGCAGCAGUGGUGGCUUUCCCAACGUGAACUUUGGAAAUCCUUGUAGAAGCAUUAAGGUUGGAAAAGAGCUCUUAAGAUCACGUCCAACCACAACUGCACCGCACCACCCCAACUCUUACAACCCUCCCCUAAGUCAUGUCCCUGAGCACCGCAUCCAGAUGGUUGUUAAACGCAUUCAGAGGUGGUGACUCAAUCGCCUCCCCAGGGAACCUAUUCCAGUGCUUAACAACCCUUUCCGUAAAUAAGUUUGUCCUGAUAGCCAAGCUAAGCCUCCCCUGGCACAACAUUUCCCCCCGUCCUGUCACCAGUGAGAAGAGACCAACCCCGCUCUGCUGCAGUCACCUUU